GGUGGGGCUGCCCCUGAAGAAGGCUGUUUUCAUGUUUGUCUUGUUACGCAUUUUCAAUGGUAUCCUGAGGCUUUCAUGCCAAGCUGCUUUGAGUCCCUUUUGGGGAGAUCAAGCGGGGUAUAAAUAUCCCAACAAACAACCACGAGCAGUUUUGGUUCUUGGCCAAUGGACAGAGCAGUUCAAGCCCAACCUUCACCCUCAGUCUUCAAUUCAAUGUGGCUUUGUUUUUAUAGGCAUUCAAGGCGUCAGAUGGUGCCCUUGUUGUCAGCCGCCCUCAAUGAUGUAAAUACAUCUCUCCCUCAAACGGAUAUACAGCAGAGUCUCACUUAUCCAACAGAAACGGGCCGGCAGAAUGUUGGAUAAGCGAAUAUGUUGGAUAAUAAGGAGGCACUAAGGAAAAGCCUAUUAAACAUCAAAUGAGGUUAUGAUUUUACAAAUGAAGCACCAAAACAUCAUGUUAGACAACAAAUUUGACAGAAAAAGUAGUUCAAUACACAGUAAUGCUACGUAGUAAUUACUGUAUUUACAAAUUUAGCACCAAAAUAUCACGAUGUAUUGAAAACAUUGACGACAAAAAUGCGUUGGAUAAUCCAGAAUGUUGGAUAAUGAUGUAAAUUUAGAGCAACGGGAAGAGCCAGGGAGGCAGUUCCAUCUUGUCUCCUGUGCCAAAGUGACAGUGAAGGAGCAGACCUGAUCGUUGGUCUAAAAAAUGGAAAAGUACUUGGAUCGGAGUUAAUUAUCCCGGAGAUUCUGACAUCGGAUCCUGAGUGGUGGACCCUCUUCUUGGUGGCAGUCUUCACCAUCAUUAACAACACGGGCAUCCUACCAAACCACUGGCAAUUUGCCAUUAUAGUUCCAAUCUACAGAAAAGGUGACCCUCCCGAUCCUUCCAAUUACUGGCCAAUUAGCCUUCUAUCGGUAAUUGGAAAGCUUUGUGCAAAAUUCCUAUUAAUAAAGUUGUAGACCAGGCUGGACCAGAACAAAACCAUCAGCCCUGAGCAAACUGGAUUCCGUAAGGAUAAAUCCGCCUUGGAUCACUGCUUCGUACUUUCUCAAAUACUCCACGUGUUACUGCAUUACUCCCAGUUUUUAAUCUCUCUUAUCUUGACAUCCAUUGCUUAAACUACUAAAAAGAAUCCCCCCAAAAGGUGAUCUGUCUUCUAUAUUAUUGUCCAUUAUUUUGAAAUCCAAUAGUCCUGUCUUUCUUCUUCGGUCAUGUUCUUGUAUUUGAUCUUGGUUCAAUUGCUUGUCUUUUCUUUUCAGUAUUUAUACCCCACCCUUCUCGCCCCGAAGGGGACUCAGAGCGGCUUACAGAACACGCAUACGGCAAACAUUCAGUGCCUGAUUCUACAAUUAACAAGGACAGACAACGCAGACACAGGUAACCUCUAAACGAACCUUAUGAAGAAAACAUUGCCCUUUGUCUUACGUCUGAAAUGAAAGUACGCAGGAUUAACAAGAACAAGAAAUGAAUUGGAGAAAUUAUAUUUCAAGCUACAUACCUUUGAAUGUAAGGAAAGGAAGGAUUCUGCUGUAAAAAGAGGGGUUGGUAAAGAGAAAAUAAGGCUACAGCAAUACAGAGACUGGGAAGAGGAAAUGUCCUAUUCAGGAGUCCAUAUCUGUGAACUUCAGGCAUAAUAUUAGAAUAAUAAAUGUUAAAAAAUGGAAAAUUCAUUGUCAAAAUCACACACAGGGGAGAAACGACAUAAUUGUAAGGACUGUGGGAAAUGUUUCAUUGAGAGAAGUUCUCUUGCUAAACAUCAACGAACUCACACAGGAGAGAAGCCAUAUAAAUGUGUGGAAUGUGGAAAGAGCUUCAGUCAGAGUGGACAUCUACACACCCAUCAGAGGACCCACACAAGGGAGAAGCCACAUACAUGCAUGGAAUGUGGAAAGAGCUUCAGUAAGAGUGGAAAUCUACGCACCCAUCAAAGGACUCACACAGGGGAGAAGCCAUAUAAAUGCAUGGAAUGUGGAAAGAGCUUCAGUCGGAGUGACUAUCUACGUUCCCAUCAAAGGACGCACACAGGAGAGAAGCCACAUACAUGCAGGGAAUGUGGAAAGAGAUUCAGUGAGAGUGGACAUCUGCGUAUCCAUCAAAGGAUGCACACAGGAGAGAGGCCACAUACAUGCAUGGAAUGUGGAAAGAGCUUCAGUGAGAGUGGAAAUCUACGCACCCAUCAAAGGACUCACACAGGGGAGAAGCCACAUACAUGCAUGGAAUGUGGAAAGAGAUUCAGUAAGAGUGGACAUCUGCGUAUCCAUCAAAGGAUACACACAGGAGAGAAGCCACAUAAAUGCAUGGAAUGUGGAAAGAGCUUCAGUCAGAGUGGAGAUCUAUGCACCCAUCAAAGGAUCCACACAGGGGAGAAGCCACAUAAAUGCGUGGAAUGUGGAAAGAGCUUCAUUCAGAGUGGAGAUCUACGCACCCAUCAAAGGAUCCACACAGGGGAGAAGCCACAUAAAUGCGUGGAAUGUGGAAAGAGCUUCAGUCAGAGUGGAGAUCUACGCACCCAUCAAAAGAGUCACACAGGGGAGAAGCCACAUAAAUGCAUGGAAUGUGGAAAGAACUUCAGUAACAGUUCGAAUCUUCGUACCCAUCAAAAGAUUCACACAGGAGAGAAGCCACAUAAAUAGGACAAGUGCAAAGAAGCCAGAAUGGUUGUCCAAAGAACUUCUAACGACUAUGACUCAAAAGAGACAUGAACAGGAAGUGGAAGGGGAAGAAAUCACAAAAUCAUAUAACCAUAGAGUUGGAAGAGACCUCAUGGGACAUCUAGUCCAACCCCCUGCCAAGAAGCAGGAAAUUCCAUUCAAAGCACCCCGGACAGAUGGCCAUCCAGCCUCUGCUUAAAAGCCUCCAAAGAAGGUUCCACAGCUGAACUGCUCUCACAAUGAGGAACUUCUUCCUUAUGUUCAGGUGGAAUCCCCUUUCCUGUAGUUUGAAGCCAUUAUUCUGCAUCCUAGUUUGCAGAGCAGCAGACAACAAGCUUGCUCCCUCCUCCUUAUGGGAUUUUGGCCUGCAUAAAUAGGGGCAGAGUGUCUAGAUCCAGGGAAGUCAUGGCACCCCUCUAUUCUGCCUUGGUCAGACCACUUUACCUGGAAUCACACUGUGUCUAAUUCUGGGCACUGCAAUUGAAAGGAGACGUUGAAAAGCUGGAAGGUGUCCAGAGGAGGGUGACUAAAAUGAUCAAGGGUCUGGAGAACAAGCCCUAUGGGGAGCGGCUUAAAGAGCUGGGCAUGUUUAGCCUGCAGAAGAGUAGGCUGAGAGAAGAAUGAAUAAAUGCAUGUACAAGUAUAUAUGAAAAUAUCAAUCUGGGUUUGUAAAAGGAAGACAAAUGUCACGUUUGAUAGGAAGAGUAUUAAACAAAAUAUGUGUGUCUCAAGAGAGGAAGUUAAAAGUGGGGAUACUAGCAUUAGAUAUAUUUAAUGCUUUGAUUGUGUAGCAUGGCAGAUAAUAAGUGAGAUUAUGAAUUAAUUUGGAAUGGGAAGUAGAAUAAAAGGAUGAUUAGAACCAUUUUAUUUGCUAUGGUGAUAGAAUUAUGUGCAAACGCCAUCCAAAAAGGUAAGAAUGUAGAAGGUGUAGGAAUAAAGGAAAAGCAGAAGGUGAGCUUAUUUGCUGAUGACACAUUGUUAUUGAUUAAAUAUCUGGGUAGGUCAAAUGGAUAGGAGAGGGGAUCAUUGAAAGAUAUUUGGGAAAACAGUGGGUUUAUAUUAUACAAAGAAAGAAGAAAAAGACUUUAUAGAACAGAGCUAUACGGGAAUUAGAAUCAAGAACAAAUUAAAAUACCUGGGUGUAAGUAUAACAAAGGACUUAAAAGAAAUAGAAGAGGCAAAUGUAGUAGCAUUGAGGAAAAUAGUUCGAAAAAAUUAAUACACAUCUAUCUUGGUUUGGAAAGACAGCAAUACUAAAAAUGAAAAUGCUUCUGAGGAUAAACUUUAUACUUACAUAUACCUUAUAUUUAUAAUGCCAUUUCAGAUUACAGAAGAAGAGUUGAAUACAUUAUUUCUUUGCAACAUUUCUACCCCACCUUUCUCCACCCCAAAGGAGACUCAUUUGGACAAAUGAUAAAUACUGUAAUGGCAGUCAAAGAAAUUGACUAAACAAAUUACAGAACAGAUCUCAAAAAGAAGAAGGAUUGGCGCUUCCUCAUAUCAAAAAAUAUUAUAAAGCAAACAGACUGAGAUUGGUUAUACAAGGAAUGAUGAAAAGGAGGAUGUAGAAUAGUUAAUAAUGGAUUCAGGAAAAGCGGAAGAAGAAAUUCGGAAUAUGUUUUAAAAUAGUUUAUGAGAAAAAAAAUAAGGUAAACUGGGAACCCAAUGUUGAGUAAUGCAUUAGAAAUAUGGAACAAAUACAGGAGAAAGUUAAUAACAGAUGGCUCAAUAAUAACCCCAAUUAUAAUGGAAAAGACAUUUCCAAAAAAUAAAAAAUAUAUAUGAUGGAUAAAAAAAUUAAGGGGAAAAACUUAGAUUAAAUAGGGGAUUGGCCAAAGGUUGGAAUGAAGAAAGAAAAGAUUAGGAACAUAAAAAUUUGAAAGGAAUAUCCAGUAAAAUUUCUAAAAUAUUAAUUGAAAAAAACAAAGCAAAAGUAAAGAAUAACACCUUCAAGAAGAUUUGGAAAGAAGAUAUAGGAAUGAAAAUCAAUGAAACAGAGGGGUUACAAUUAUGGGGACAAAGACACUUGAAAAAUAUAUCCAUAUGUGUUAAAGAAAAUUAUUAUUUAGUUGAUAUGGAAAUGGUACCUCACACCCAUAAGAAUAGGAAAUAUAAAUAAAAACUACUCAAACAAUUGCUGGAGAGGAUGCCAAGAAUCGGGAACAUACAUACAUAUGUGGUGGCAGUGUCAAUAUGUCAAUAAUUUCUGGGGAAAAGUAUUAAGAGAGAUAGACACAAUGAACAUUCAAAUAGAAAGAAGUCUUAGCAUGGCUUUAUUCUCAUUAUAUAAUAAUAAACAGUUGGAAAAAGAGGACAAAGAUGCGAUAACAAACGCAUUAACAAUUGCAAGACAGCUUAUAGCAAGGAACUGGAAAAGGGAAAUAAAUAUAGAGAUAGAAGAAUGGUAUAAGGAAGUAUGGAAACUGGGAAGAAAUGAUAGGUUGACGUGGAGAGGGAUUUAGAAACAAAGUGGUUGUGAUGAUGUCUGGAGAAAAUGUAUUGGAAGAGGAUUCGAAAAGAAAGACGGAAUUACCUCCUCAAGAGAGAAUGAAAAGGAAUUUUGGACAGAUGAUAAAUAAAAAAAGUGACUUGGGGGAGGGUAAGAAAUCUGUAUAAGCGUGACAAUAACAGUAGAUGCCAAAUGUUAAUGUAUUGUAGAUUGUACUGAAUAUUAUGUGGCUGCUGUAAAAGGAUGUACGAUUUUUUUAAAAAAAAUAAUAAUAAAUGUAUUUGUAAUUUGUAUAAA